AUGAGCAGAGACAGCUCCUUGGAUAACAACCCCAUGGAGGACUCCCAGGAUUUAGAGGAGACAUGCCAGGCAUUCAAGGAUAUUCGCAAAUACUUCUCUGAGGAAGAGUGGGCAAAGCUGGGAAACUCAGAGAAAAGAACUUGUGUGUGCAUGAAGAGAAACUAUGAAAUCAUGACUCGUCUAGGUUUCAUGACCAACUGCCCAGAUUUCAUGCGUCCUAAGAAUUGGACCACAAAAUCUCCUGAAUGUGAUUCUGAUGAAGAUCAAAACCCCGGGAAUCAGGGUUCCUUUCAAGCUGCUGCCCCAGUGCUGGAGCUCAGAGGAUCCAGGAAAGAAGAGACUAAUGCCUGGCUUGGCAGGCUGAGGGAAAGAAAGAACUAUGUUGUGUAUGAAGAGAUCAGUGACCCGGAGGAAGAUGACUAAGGAUGUGACAAGUGCCCAUGAAGAGAAGCAGAACCUGGUGGCCCUUCAUGACCAUGGGCACGACUGUGAACUACUGGCCACCAGGGGUGCAGCAAUUAAAAGAAAA